AUGUUUAUGUCCUGGAUAGUGGACACGGAUAUUGUUGGUAAAUUCUUCCAGGCGUUGUCUACAGCCCUUGAAAUCCCAAUUCCUCGCUAUUUCAUCACUGAAUGCAGCAAAGAACUCCAAGAACGAAAGACAAUGGUGACAGAUAUCCUUAAAAUGGUGGAAGUUAAUAAAAGCCUAGAAACUCUAAUGGUCGAGGACAUGAGUCAAGCGGAGGCCAUUAGGAUCAUUCAAGUUGCAGAGAGGGCACGCCAAGGACGCCUGAGGGCAAAGCUGAAUCAAGAGAGCAGAUAUAUCGCCUGGAUAACCAAGGGCCCUGAAGCAGCUAAAAUUGAUUUGGCUGCAAUCUGCAUUCAGAAGGUGUGGAGAAGUUACAUACAGGAGAAGAAGGCAAAGAUUGCUUGGUAUGAAAAGAUGAUUUCGAUAGGACUGUUGCGAGGCCCCUUAGAAGCCAAAAUCAAAGCUAUACAAGCUGAAAAUCGGCUUACACAGCAGGAGCGUGAAGAAGACUACCAGAAGGCAAUAGUAGAUGUUACAAAACAACUACGAGUUGCAGAGAGUGAUUUCAUAGCCAGUAGCUUGAAAGCGGUAAUUCGACAGUGGUUCUAUGAAUGCCGCGCUCUUACAGGCUCAUUUCCAGACUACCCCGAUGUAGAGGAUGGAGGUUCAGCUAUUCUUUUUGUACAGAAGACUCCUCAGCAGUUAAGGGAAGAAAUGGCUGCAAAGGAAGAGGAGGAUUCCAACAAAACAACAAAAGGGAAGGAAGAAAAGAAGAAAAAUGAAAAGAAGGAGGAGAAGAAGGGGAAAACCGACAUAGAAGAAGAGGAGGCAGGGUUGAAGAUGCUACCUUCRGCUUUUCUGUCAGACUUGCAAGUGGGAAACAAAACCUAUGACGAUUUUUGGMAAAACCGCRACGAGUCCAGAAACYUUGWUCAGCGGCAUGAGGUGGAGCUGAUCAAGGAAGACGUGAGGACAGUCAUUGAGGCAGAGAUUCGAAUACAGGUGGACGUGGAGCUGAGACAGGAGUUGGCUGAAUKGAAACGGACUGUSGAUAAASACAUGGGAUAUAAGACCAMAGGAAAKGCCAAGAAAAAGAAAGRAYCRAAGAGUGGAAAGAAGAAGAMWAAGGAGAAAGAUUUAACMACUGAUAGGACUCUUGAGUCUCUGUGUCAGGAGCUUGUGGAACAGGGCUUGUUGAAAAAGCCAAAUAAUGUGGCGCUGCAGGAUUACUUAGGUGACUACAGCUACCUCGGGACAACACUGAGGCAAUAUGACAUCGAGCCCAUGCCAUCAUUGUCGGAUGUUCGACAAGUCUUAACUUUAUAUGGAAUUUUACCAUUAGGCUCUCAGGUGAUUCAUGAAAAGGCUCCUCUCAUAAAGGCCCUCCUACUAACAGGGCCGACAGGUGUAGGUAAGAAGAUGCUGGUCCACGCCAUCUGCAACGAGACAGGUGCCAACUUGUUCGAUCUGUCACCUCUGAACACAACAGGAAAGUACCCAGGCAAGAGUGGCCUCGCCAUGAUGCUGCACAUGGUCUUUAAGGUUGCAAGACUGCUGCAACCUUCUGUAAUAUGGAUUGGAGAUGCAGAGAAAAUGUUCUACAAGAAAGUCCCCAAGGAAGAAAAAGAGUUAGACCCUAAGCGGUUGAAGAAAGAUCUGCCCAAGUUCCUUAAGUUGAUCAAAGGGGAAGAUCGUGUUCUGAUAAUCGGAACAACUCGAGACCCUUCAAGUGCUGACAUUAAGUCACUGUGUAAAAUGUACAGCAAAAUCCUCCUCAUCCCAAGACCUGACUAUGGCUCUAGAUACAUCCUGUGGAAACAACUGAUCACAAAGCAGGGGGGUGAGGUGACCAAGGCAUUGGACCUCAGCUCUCUUGCAAAGAUUUCUGAUGGCUACACUCCAGGUCACAUGGUACAGGUGGUCCAGAGCGUUGUCACCGAGCGUCGCGUCCGGCAGCAGACAAAAAGACCCUUGAUCGCUUCAGAGUUUGUUUCCCCUUUAGCCAAGCUCGACCCUGUGUUUCAGGAAGAGGAAGAGGCCCUUAAAAACUGGUAUGCAAAGACCCCUCUGGGAAAGAAGAGGAUUAAAGCUGCCACUGGAAAGGAAGAAGAAGAAGCUCCAGUCAAAAAAGCUCCGGGCAAAAACAAAGAUGCAAAGAAGAAGAAAGUGAAGAAAUAAUUUUGUAAUCACGUUCAUGUGCUCUCUCUCUCUCUCUCUCUCUCUCUCUCUCUCUCUCUCUCUCCCUCUCUCUCUCUCUGUGUCUCACAGUUACUCAACUGUAACCUUUGUUCAGUUCCUAAUAAAAGGUAGUAACAUUU